GCGCUGGUARGUAGUAGAUCGYAGAGUGGGAGAGAGACUGGCGGAGGCCAGUGUUACUUACCUGUGGCGCCAUCGCUCCAGCUCCAUCUUCGUGGUACCUGCAUCAAGGCGCCAACUUCACAGGAAAAUGUCUGACCACGGGGCUCAGCAGCAGCCACAGGUGGAAGUUGUGAUGAAGGUGGAAGGUCAACAGCCCUCCAGCUCCACUCCUCCUCCUCCACCUCUGACUGCUACUCAGCAGGAAAAGAUGGAGCUGCAAGAACAACUACGGCGUCAACAGGAACGCCUUGCAGAAUUGGAACGGCAGGAGGCAGCUGAGCUAGAGGCUGCAACAGAUCAUUCCAGAAGGGAAUAUCUGUUACAGCAGCUAGACAAGGCACUCAUAGACGACCGCUGUGCCCAGGUGAUCAAACACCUCGCAGAGAUGGUCAUCCUGGAGCGCAAGAUCACUAAUUCCCAGUUCACGAACUGGGACGACCGUUUUGAGCGUUUGGAGCGUCGGGUUGACGACCUGGCAGCCCAACAGUCAAAGAUUAUGGAUGCAAUUCAGAACUUGACUGCUCAGCUGUCAGCCGGCAAGCUGAUUGCCCCUCAGCUCCCUCUGUUGAAACCCAAACCUUUGCCUCCUUCAUCUCGUCCUUCCACUCCCCCUGGUUCAGCACAUUCUUCCCAGUCACCAUCUCAUUCCCAAAAGGCCUCAGGAAAGGCCACUUACGCUGUUGUUGCUGCAGGAGACCAAAGAGGUCCCAAGAUCCCUGCUCCCAACAAGUUCAGGGGCGAUGACCCCAAGACUGAUGUUGGGGACUGGGCUGCUGGGACCAAAGCCUACUUGAGGGGCUUUGUCUGUGUAGAGCAGACCAAGGUGGCGACUGUUCUGGGACUGCUGGAGGGACCUGCACUUAAGUGGGCCACCUCAACCUCUAGCAGUCAGCAACAUUCCAUGGAGGAUUGGGCUUUUGGGCUUGGGGUGGACAAACUUUUGCAGGCCCUGGAGGACCGAUUUGCAGACAAGGAGCGGGCCCGCAAGGCUGCUGACAGGAUUGCUCGCCUGGGACAGCAGCGGUAUAGCGGAACCCUGCAAGCCUUGUUUGCUGAGUUCGAGCAACUUACCUCCACCCCUGGGUUGGUCAUGUCCACAGAUGAUCUGUUGACCAGCUUCUGCAGGGCAGCGCCUGAGAAGUUUGUUGUUGCAUUGUACAGAGUUGGGCAUAAGGACUGGAGGUCCUUUGGCCGUGCAACCCUGGACAUGGAGGCAAAGCUUCAUGUCCAGGCCCCAUCCUCUGACAGGAGGAAAGGUGCCUUCCCUAGAGGUGGCAGAAAGGGAAAGGCAGCCUUCACUCAUGCGGGGUCUGGCUCAGGAUCAGAUUCAGACUCCCAGGCUGAUGCACCUUCAGCUGGGACUGGAUCUGCUGCUGAGACAAAUGUUGCAGCAGCCCUGACUCAGGCUGUUUUGGGAGUUCUGCAGCAGCAGAAAAAGUUUUCCCCCACCACAGCCUCAGCCAGUGCCAAGGGGAAGGAAAAGGGACGUCGGCCUUCCUCUUCUCAGCGCCCUAACUUGCCCAAAGACGAGCCCUUUGGAUUACCCAACCAGCUAACCAAGCAUCAUAUUGAGUUGCUGCCUGAAGCGGUCCCUCCCAAGGGCCGCAUCUACAGGAUGUCCCCUGCUGAGCUAGAGGAGCUCAGAAAGCAACUUGAGACCCUGACCAGCAAGGGCUGGAUCAGACCCAACACUUCUGAAUUCGGUGCUCCUGUUCUCUUUGUGCCCAAAGGGAACGGCGAGUUCAGAAUGUGUAUUGACUACAGGGGUCUCAACAAGAUCACUAGGAAGAGUACAGAGCCACUUCCUAGGAUCGACGACCUCCUGGACAUGGUACAGGGCUGCACAGUGUUCAACAAAGUCGACCUCAAAUCUGGCUACCACCAGAUUGAGAUGGCAGAGGAGGAUGUCUACAAGACGGCCUUCAAGACCAGCAGAGGGGAGGAGCGUUUGUGCAUUCCCCAGGACCGGCGGCUCAGGACACUACUGAUGUCAGAGUGUCAUGAUGCCCGGGGACAUUUUGGGUUCCUAAAGUCUUAUGCAGCCCUGUUGCAGCGCUUCUUCUGGAAGGAGAUGCGGAGUGAUAUGUUGCGUUAUGUGGACACCUGUGAGCUCUGCCAAAGGAAUAAGGUUCAGCGUAGACCUCCUUUGGGACUGCUCAAACCCUUACCCAUACCUGAUGGCCCUGCUGAAUCUGUGUCGAUAGACUUCACAGAUUUAGGCAAGACCACCCCUCGUGGCAUGCGUCAGGUUAUGGUCUGCGUGGACAGGUUCUCCAAAUACGCAGAGUUCAUCCCCUUGCCAGAGGUAGCUAGGGUACCGGCUGUGAGGGCAGCCUUCUCUGAGAGGUGGGUCACACACCAUGGACCGCCCACCUCUAUAGUCAGUGAUCAAGACCCCAAAUUUUGCAGCGAUGAGUGGCAGUCCUACUGUAAGGACUAUCUGCACUCACGACUGGACAUGACUUCUGGUCACCGUCCUGAAGCCAAUGGUUUGGCUGAAGUGAUGAAGCAAGUCUUACGUCCUGUCAUCUUUCCAGAUCAACAGGACUGGGAUCUUCACUUGGCGAGGGUACAACUCAUGUAUAACAUGUCUGUCCACUCCUCGACAGGGUUCAGUCCCUACCGGUUACACUGGGGACGUGAACCACGACAGCCUCUCGAUGACAUCAUCGAUAAGGCUAAGCCUGAUCUGACACCAGGCACAGCAGAGUUCACCAGACGUUAUCGACUAGAUGUGGAAAGAGCCCGCGCGAACUUGUUCAAAGCCCAAAAGGCUAUGAUCGAACAAGCUAAUCGCCACAGGCAGCCUUCCUCCAUCCGCACUGGUGAUCAUGUCCGGGUGGCCAGUUCUGAGCUGUCGAGGGAGGAGGAUAUCUCCCCCAAGCUAUUGCCACGCUACCUAGGUCCAUGGCAGGUCCUAGAUACAAUGGGCGCUGAUCCCUUCGGUCCGUCGUAUGUCAUCGACGUCCCCCUGCAUCUACGCACCUACCCGGUCUUCCAUGCAUCCAAGUUGCUACCAUUCACUCCAGCUGAUGCAUUCCCAGACCGGCCUCCUCAGUUUGGUCCCCCAAUCCCUGGCAAGGGAUAUGACAUCGACCGGAUUGAGGACGAGUGGGGCACAGGCCCUGAUCGGCAGUAUCUUGUGAGGUCUGCAUUCCAGUCUCCUUCUGAGAACAGAUGGUUCUACAAAAGGGAACUUCUCAAGACAACAAAGUCUAUUGUAUUGCGAUAUGAAGCGGCUCAGAAGGGCAACCUUCCUCGCCGUUCACCUCGCCGACACCCCUAGCUCGGAGGUCCUCGCUCCCGGGGAGGGUAAGCCUGCAAUGACUUGCUGAUUUUUUACUGUCGAGACUGACUGCGAG